GUUCACAAUGGCUACCCCAGGCCAUGAGUUGCUAUUUACAACUGCCAAACCACAGUUUAAGGCAAAGCAAGAUCCUGUAGUAUGCUUUUGUCACUGGAACUAAUAUGCAAUGGUUUCCGAUGUGUAGGAGUUGGAGAAAGUCCAUCUUUAUCGGACGAACCAUCUGAGGGACUACCACCAGGAUGGAAUUCAAACCAAGAUGUAUACGAGCUGCGAUAUGUGUAUACUGAUGGGUGUCGAUAUUUCCUGAAAGUAAUUAAAAUGGACGACAUGUUGUUUGUUCAUUUCAUGAGGCAGACAGAUGAAAAAGUUGCAACUAUGAACAUUGACAUAGGAAAGUAUAUUGGUGAUACCACUGAAAAGUUUGCCAGCUGCUACAAAAAGCUGGAGGAGCUAAAGUCUAGAUUUCACAGUGAGAUCCUUGCUGAGUUGACUAGGCCAUCACGCUCGUCUGGUGCUAGUGUGACUCACAGAAAAAUUGAUGAGGGGCUUGUACAGGAGAAUCCACCCAGGGAUGAGCGUCCAACUCGCCAACCCUUGGGUCUUGGCAAUGGACCAGACCUUACUCCAAGACAAGACCCUAUGUUUGACUAUGGAAGAGCAGAUCUUGACCCUCUGUCUGCAGUUGGGGGAAUGGGAGCUGGCGGAAUGAUUGCUGAUCCCCUUCGGAUAGGGCAUCCAAGAGGCGGUAUAGACCCUAGUGCAGGUCUACCUGAUCGGCUUCCAUUUGGAGCUGUCCCACCUGGUGCGAGGUUUGAUCCGAUUGGUCCACCAACAGUACCAGAUCUUGGAGGAGUAGGAGGAGGCCACAGAGGAGAUUUCCCUCUGAGAGGUCAGGGACGAGGAAGGGUUCACCCUGAUAUUGAGAGAAUGCCCGGAUGGGAUGAUGACAUGUUUAUGUGAAUAUGUCACACACGAAUCAACAUUCAAUAAGCUUGGAAUCUGUUAAAUAACAUCUGUUUGUAAAUAAAGAAUAUCAAAUUGUCAAAUGUGUAUAUAGAAACACUUGGUUGCCUGCAGAGUGUUUUGGCAAUAUUAUCAGAACAUAUAAAUGUGCAUAGGCUUAGCUCACCUAUUGACAUUUCGUUUAAUCAACAUUUUAGAUUUGGGUUAUUACUUUACCCUGUAGCCAGGCUAUAGGUACUUUUUGGACUGAUAGCAUGCCGUGUACUAUGGAUUUUGGUACUGUACUAAAAUUGUUUAAACCAUAAAGAGUGAAAUAGAUCAAACCUGAAUCCCCACUAUGCGAUACAAUUUUAUUCUUCUAGUAAGUGCAUCAUAAUUUCUAAUAGGGGUAAAUUUAAAAUAUGUAUACUGAAUUGGAAUGUGUAUGUGCAUGUGUAUAGUGGAUAAUAACAAAUUAUCAUUGUCACAAA